AUGGUUAUUGCCAAGUCAGCACACUCAUCUUUUACAUAUGCCAUGCUUCUUACGAUGUCUGAGGGAAUUUGCAUGGCCAACUGUACUCAAGGAAAUGCAGAAGAUCUCUUCAGUUCGACAAUUUUGUCCAUCGACCACCGAUUCAGACCAACGGUGAAUCUGAGUGAACCAACGAUUGUGUCCCUUUCUUUGAUUCUAGUUUCUCUAGUGGACGUUGACGAGGUUCAGCAGCGAAUGGCCAGUAAUGUUCUGAUGACCGUAAGCUGGCUAGACGAGCUGCGUCAAUGGAAUUCGUCACAAUACGGUGGGCUGACAAAGGUGCAUCCUGAUCCACUGGACGUAUGGAGGCCUCGUAUUUUCUUGACAAAUUCGCUCGUACAAAGGGACGUAUUUGAAGACAAUUAUGCGCCUCUGACUAUUUAUAACACCGGAGAAACAGAAUGGCUACCUGGUGGGAUUCUGUAUUCCCAGUGCUCAAUGCAGAUGACUUAUUAUCCGUUUGACAUUCAAACCUGUAUCCUCAGCUUCACGGCGGGAGAAAACUGUGAUUCUGUCAAUUUAGUGGCUGAUGUUGCAAACAGUAGUCGAGGACAAUACGACAAAAACGGCGAAUGGAUUAUACAAGUUUCUGAAGUGCUGUCUCAAUGUCUUGAUGGCAAACCUAAUGUAAAGUUUGUAUUGAAACUCGACCGCAUGCCGUCGUUUACACUGCUGAACACUGUUAUUCCCGUAAACAUCAUCUCCAGUUUGUCAUCUCUAGCAUUCCUAAUGCCUGUGGGAAGCGGCGAGCGGGUGUCUUUUUCCGUGACCGUUCUGUUAUCUUUGACCGUGUACACUAGCGAGAUCUCCAAAGAAUUACCCACAAACUCAGAGAGUAUGCCACUUCUCAUUAUGUACCUGGCAUCGCUUCUGCUCCAUUCUGCAUUUUGUAUAGUAGCCAAUCUAAUCGUUCUCAUCCAACGUUACCAUCAUCUCGAGACUAAUGCUCUGAAGAAAGAGCAAAACGAGCAUUCAUCAGGCAUGUCGUUUUCUCAUCCUUUUGCAACUGACGAUUCAUUUUUGUCGACAAUCAAAUCACACGGCGUUUGUUUACUCAAAGUCCGGACAUCUGCAUUUGACAUAAAUAAUCAUGAACCAACAACUAACACGUCAGUAGAUGAUUCCUCAUUCGAUAAAUGCUGCAAAUUUAAAACGAAUUUUGAAGACUGUCGUGGGAACCUUCCUUUUCACAAAAAGCACACCAAUAAUCACAAAGAAGGAAAUGGGAAAUUUUACUUAUUGAGAGCACUAGUUUCUGGAGUUUUAAAGUACUUCCGUUUGGUUGAUAUUAUUCUGUUUAUUCUGUUCUUUGGAAUAUGGUUCUUUGUCACACUUGUAUUCAUGACUUUGAUUGCAAAUGGCGACCCAUAA